AUGCCCUUCCCGGCGCUGGGUAGCAGCUGCUGCUCGCCGCCGCCGGUGACGACGAGCAUGGGGGUGCGGCCAGUGGGGCUCUCCCUGGGCGUGCCCGGGCCUCGGCCAAGGGGCUUGUGGAAGGGCCGUGGGAGCUCCUUCCCGCGUUUGGCCACCACUUCCGCCGCCCCCUCUGCAUCGUACGACAAGCGCAGGCACACACCCGCCCUCACCGCCGACGACACCGCUUCCAGCGACGGCGGGUACGACGACGACGACGCUCGCUCAGACUACUCGAACGGCUCCCGCAAACGCCGCCGCCUGGGCUCCCCGGACUCGCCCCCGACCCCAGAAGACACCACCAGCGUGCUCUACUGGGACUACUCCCGCAAGUGCAGCCCACCCAACCCCCAGCGCCUCAACAAGUGGACGACGCGCACCAAGCUCAUGGAUACGUCCGCGACUACAGGCCCCGGCCAGCCCGCCGCCGACCGGGGGCCCAACUGUGAUUUGGAGGACUGGGAGGACCUGAAGGAGUUGUUCGCCAAGGCCGCUGAGAUGUAUGACACUCAGGAGCCGGCGGAGACGAUCCCGCUGCUGAGGGGGGUGAUACACGAGUGCCAUCGCUUCAUGAAAUUCUACCAGGACCCCUCCGUCCUCUACGCUACGCAACCGCUACCUGAGAAAACGGCACACACGACGACGACCGGGCCUGAGGAGAAGAUGAUCCGCGACUGGAUGACGAACGAGAGGCCACCGCUCUACCCGCCACGCACAUCGCACAAGGCCGCACAGACCGCCGACCCGAUCAUCAUCGCACCAUCUGAUAACGAGAAAAAAUGCAAAUGCAAAGAUCUUCCAACCGCCUUCCACACCAUCUUUGGUGCCACGCUGUUCUUCUUUGGGAACCUCAUUGCACAGGACCCUUCCCUCGCCCUGCCAGGCGAGCCAACGCUGCCGACACCGUACUGGCUCACUGCACUCGAUGUUUUUGAGAUCGGAGAAAAUCUACCUAUAAGAGUUUCUGGUCGGGGGUGUCCAAGUGCCCCAGAGGACUGGCGCAUGGCAAUCGUGUGGGGCCGCACGCUGACGUGCAUCGCGGACGAGGUGCUCUCGCGCCAGAAGCAGCAGAUGCAAGAAGGCCGCGGUGCUUCUGGACCCGCGGGCCAGCCGUCUUCGGCGGGCUCCUCGGGCUCGUGGCCGUCCUCUGCUUCCUCAUCGACCUUCUCCUUCCUCCCGUUGCCGGCCGCCGCGUUCCCCUCCGCCUUCCCGUCGGGGAUGCCGUUCCCGAUGAUGCCGACGCCCGCCUCCCCCGGCUCCAACCCCGGCACCCCCGACGAGCCUGCUUGGCCAUCCGAGAGCCCGUUCGCGCUCAUCGUCUCCCGCCGUCCGCCCGUGUCCCGCCCCCUCUCCCUUGCGACCGUCACACCCCACGAGCUGCUGGUCCUCGCACAGGACCAGUUCUCCAGGGGCAUCUUCCACAUGCCGCACCCACAGCACCAUGCGCCGGGGAGCAACCGCUAUCAACGACUUUGGGGCCUUGCGUCAGCGAGUUCGUCGACCAAGAGCAGCAAGAACUCGACACCCUUAACUACACCCACCACCACCAAACCACACCCUCCGCCCACGGCAUCUAGCGUUUCCUCGUCCUCGACUGGCACUACCCCGUCAACGUCUUCGUCGUCUUCAGCAGCAUCAAUACCGCCUACCGCCUUCUCGCGCGCCAAGGAGCUGUACACCAUCGCUUCCGAGGUGUUACUCAUCUCUGAGAAGCUCUUCCUGCCCUCCGAGCGCGCCGAGUGGGCGCACUGGGCCGACGGCGUCUUUUCGCAGAUGCGCAUGGAGGUGGAGGUCGCAGAUGUUGACGAUGCGUGGAAAGGCCUCAUCUUCGCCGCGAGAGGCCGAUGCAACCUCGUCAUCGGCUCAGCACGUGCAGAGGGCGUCGAAGAGGCGAUGGAGAAGGAGGAUGCGAUGGGUGGAGGCGGCGUGCUGGAUAGCGAGGAGGCGCAGGAGGCGAGAGAGGUGCUCGCGGACGCUGUGGAGUUCUUGGACAAGGCCCGUGGGGUGCUGCGAGACAGGAAAGAGCGCGAGAGACAGGGCAAGGAGGGGAAAGAUGCCAAAGACAAAGACCGGGACGGCGAAGGCAACGUCCUCAUGCUCUCCGCAGACGCGGAUGAGGACGCGGACGUCGAGCUGCCCGCCGAAGGUGCCCUAGAGGGCGAGUACAACGUCGUCUGCCCGUCCUCGGCGCACCAGCACCAGCUGCACGCGCACCCCGAGCCCGAAGACGGAGAAGAGGAGGAAGAUGCGGAUGACCGCGAGCUGCGCACGUUGCUCGCCGAGGCGCUCCUUACGCUGGCGAACCUGACGCAGAACGAGGCGGAGCAGGACGCGCUGUACGCGAGAGCGAAGAAGGAGGGUGUGGUGCUGGACGAUGAGGAUGCGAUGGAUGUGUGUGGUUAA